AAUGCAAACGCAAGUAGGACUGAUUACUAAAUAUUUACAAUUCCCAAAUAAUCUCCGUUGGAUAGUCAUUGAAUACAAAGAGCAUUGGUGAGUAAAUACUGAAUGAAGGAAAAGUGAGUUUUCUAGUUUCUCCGAAAGCAUUCCUUCUUUGAAAAUCUAUUGAUAAAUUAAUUGAUGGGAAAAAACAACUGGCGUUUGUUUGGAAUAAUCUUCUCUGCGAAAAGAUUGUCACACUCAUUUGAUAUCGUAACGUUUAAAUUAAGUAUGAUGGUGUCCCUAGACAACAACUUGAUGCACCAGGAAAAUGGAAGACCCAUGAUUCAGGAUGAGGAUUCAUCCGAAGAACUCCCGAGGAUCUCAGCCUUGGCGUCACCUAAGGAGUGGACCUACACUAUGAGGAGGAGUAUGCAGGAGGUAAUCCCUGGGCUAUACCUUGGUCCCUACAGUUCAGCAAGUCGUUCAAAGCUCCUCGAACUGCGAGAGUUAGGAAUCACCCACAUAAUAUGUGUCAGACAGGACAUUGAGGCACAUUUUAUAAAGCCGAAUUUUCCUGACCAAUUCAAAUAUUUAGUAUUGAAUAUUGCGGACGUGGCAACGGAAAACAUAAUCCAGCACUUUCCCACCGUCAAGAAAUUCAUAGACGAGGGAUUAAAUUCCCAAGGACACGUUUUAGUUCACGGUAACGCUGGAAUCUCCAGAUCAGCAGCUCUAGUUCUUGCAUACGUAAUGCAGAUGUAUGGACUUUCACACACGCGGGCAUACGCACUAGUUCAACAAAGAAGGUUUUGCAUAAAUCCAAACGAGGGUUUCAUGACACAGCUGAAGGAGUACGAACCGAUCUAUCAGGCCCAAAGGACCACAAGUAACAACCAGACUAUAAGUAGACAAUGCACAAAGAGAUCUAUUCAUCAAAUGGACAAUGAACGGUUAGGUGACAGGCCGGAUGCUAUGGAUAGUUGAUGAUGGAGAUUUUCAGGUAUUCCAAAGUUACCAAAAACACCACCUUGAAACUACAUAAAUCCUUCGAGUCGUGGAACAAAUCUAAAACCAUUAUCAGUUCCGUCGCAGGAGAAAUUCGUAGUGACGUGGUGAAAUAAUUCGAGUGUAUGAGGAUAUCUUUUGGAUUUAGGAAAAAAUUUUAAAAAUACUUUUCAUUUCACCGAUAAAUUUUGCCAUUGAUAUCCCUCAUUAUGGAAAUAAUUUCAUACUCAAGAUUGUCUCACGAGGCAAUUGAUUUUUAUUUUAUUCAUUUUUGAUUAUUAACUUUUCUUGGAAUUCAAAGAUUUUUUUUUUCAAGUGAGAAUGAAUUUAAUGCAAAGAUGUAACGAACUUUGUAAACAAUACUAUUGGAUUUCAAAUGAAGUACAAUGUCGUAUAAAAAUCCCCUAUCGAUAUUUAAAUCCUGAGGAAUAAAAAAAGGAGCUUCAGCAAAACGCAAUUAUUAUAUGUAACGACUUUACCACUCAGUAAUAAAAUUUCGCCACUCCAAUACUGCAAUGCAAGUAUUAUCAACGUGAGGAAAUAUUUCGUAUGGGUAAAGAACCAACGAAAAGGUAGAAAUCUAACUAAAUAUGAAGAAUAUUAUUCGUUGUUUUUCUAUUGAAUAAACAUAUUUCUGUGCUUUCUAUUUUCUGCUUUCGUUCUCAUACAGAUCUCAUAGUAUCUGAAUUUCGAAUGAAUUAAUUGAUUUCAUGCUUAAGAAGUAUUACUCACGAGCAAAAACAGUUAAUCGUGAGUCCCUUGUAAACUGAAAUUUACUGAUUUCUUCAUUCUGCAUAAAUGCUCAUUAAUUAUAAUGUCGUAUUAGUGUAUUUAUCCCAAAAAAAUUGAAUGAAAGAGACUAUAAAAAUGACAGUAAUAACAAGGAUGAAAUAGAUCAUUGAUAAUUGCCACAGUGUUGUUCAAAUUACUUAUCGAUAUAUAAAAAAAUAUCAGCGAGACACUCGCCCAUAAAAGUGAUGCACUUAACUUAUGUCUAAACGAACAUUGAAUUCAUGUUCUCAUUUUUUACUACUGUUUGUUAAUUUAUAAAGUGCUAAGGAAGUUCGGAGAAUAAAGUGAGCUGAGUAUUUUCAAAGUCAA